AUGGCUGUGACCAUGCUGUCGGCUUGGUGUCGAGUAAUAUGUUUAAGAAAGUAUUUUUCAUCAGUGUCUUACAACAAAAAAUAUGCUGAUCUAACAAUUAGACCCAAUCCAUUGUCUCUCUCUUAUUCUCGUGCAGAAGAGAGUUUCCAACAUUUAUGUGUUCACCGUAAAAAUGAAGCCAAACGAAGUAUUUUGAUUGAUAUCAACAAUAAAGCAGAUGGAGAUUUUGUCUACAAACAUUGUGAACAAUUUGGAAAGAUUAAAACUGCUUUGCACUUCAGAAACAAAAAAGAUUACAUGUUAAUUGAAUUUGAAAAUGAAGAUUGUGUUUCUGAACUUUUGUCAACUGCCGGGCAUUUCCAAAAUGAUCAAAAAGUUCCUGCAGAAACUAGACUCCUUUUUCUUACACGCAAUGGCAAUAUCAAAUAUAAAGGAAAUCCUGAAGCAGCUCCAGUUUUUUCUAUUGAGCAUCCACCAUUGUUUCUCUCAGAUUUCCUGGCAACUGACUCUCUAUCCAGCCAGAUGCAACUUCUUUACCAACACCUGCAAUUGACUGACCUUGGCCAGCGUCUCCGUUUUUUUAUCUGUUCCACUCUGGAGGACAUGCUUGGUGGUCUCUUCCCUCAUUGUCAUAUCUACCCAUUUGGGUCAUCAAUAAAUGGCGUUGGACGUAAUGAUUGUGAUCUUGACAUGAUUCUCAGUUUAUGUCCCGAUAAAUACCAGGUAAAAAAGUCAACUUUAAAAUUUCUAACAAAACGAAAACAGGAAGAUGAACGCAGUUUCUCUCAGCGUAAUUUGCAUGUUUUUGCAGAAAUGAUUGAAAAUUUCAUUCCUUCCUGUGUCGGUGUGAUUCCCAUUUUGAAUGCUCGUGUUCCAAUCAUCAAAUUUCAACAUGAAGCCUGUGGGAUUGAAUGUGAUUUGUCACUACAAAACAAUUCUGGUCUAACCAUGUCCAAAUUGAUUUACCUACUAGGAGUGAUGGAUCCUCAAGUUAGACCAUUAAUCUUUACAGUCCGCCACUGGGCUAAAGUAAAUUUCUUGAGCCAUAAAAAUCCUGGUCCAUGGCUAAGUAAUUUCAUGUAUUCCAUUUUGGUCAUCUGCUUUUUACAACUGAGAUCACAACCCAUCCUGCCCCCUCUCAAAAAUUUACUUCUCACAGAUUCCAGAUCCAAGGCCCAGAAACAGAUUUUGUUUAACAAAGUUGGAACUUGCAAUGUUGGUGAUUUGCUGCAGGAAUUUUUAUAUUUUUAUUCAGAUUUUGAUUUCAUGUCAACAGCUCUUUCUCCACUACAUGGAAACUGCUUUCCCAAGCCUGAUUAUUCUCCUUUAUAUAUUGAAAAUCCAUUAGAUACUGAAUUGAACAUUUGCAAAAAUGUUAAUGAAAGGGAACUGGUUAAAUUAUGUGAAGCUAUGAAAGUGGCUCUUUGGCAGCUCAACCAUUCAGGCCCAUCUCUGCUGAGUAUCUUUCAAACUGAAGACUCAAAGCGUAUCCUGAAAAAACGCUUUAGUGUCAAAGAUUUAUUUCCGAAACAAGAAUGA